UCCCGGCCAGAUAAAGGAGCCGAGGCCAAAAGGGGAGAGAGGCUCCACCCCCUUGAGAAGAGAAGCCGCAGCCCCUGCAGGACGGGGGCCUGCGUCGCGAUGGGUUCCACCGCUACUCCGGAGCGGGCGCUGGGAUAUGUCCGCGAGUUCACUCGCCACUCCUCCGACGUGCUCGGCAACCUCAACGAGUUGCGCCUGCGCGGGAUACUCACUGACGUCACGCUUCUGGUUGGCGGGCAACCUCUUCGAGCUCACAAGGCAGUUCUUAUCGCCUGCAGUGGCUUCUUCUAUUCAAUUUUCCGAGGCCGUGCAGGCGUUGGGGUGGAUGUGCUCUCUCUGCCUGGGGGCCCCGAAGCCGGAGGCUUCGCCCCUCUUCUGGAUUUCAUGUACACGUCGCGCCUACGCCUCUCUCCGGCCACUGCACCAGCUGUUCUUGCGGCCGCCACCUACUUGCAGAUGGAUCAUGUGGUCCAGGCAUGCCACCGCUUCAUUCAGGCCAGCUAUGAACCUCUGGGCGUCUCCCCGCGGCCCCUGGAGGCAGAACCCCCCACGCCCCCAACGGCCCCUCCACCAGGCAGUCCCAGGCGCUCCGAAGGGCACCCAGACCCACCUACUGAGUCUCGCAGCUGCAGUCAAGGCCCCCCCAGUCCAGGCAGCCCAGACCCCAAGGCCUGCAACUGGAAAAAAUACAAGUUCAUCGUGCUAAACUCUCAGGCCUCCCAAGCAGGGAGCCUGGUGGGGGAGAGGAGUUCUGGUCAACUUUUCCCCCAAGCUGGGCUCCCCAGUGGAGACGAGGCUUCUAGCAGCAGCAGCAGCAGCAGUGGCAGUGAAGAAGGACCCAUUCCUGGUCCCCAGAGCAGGCUCUCUCCAACUGCUGCCACUGUACAGUUUAAAUGUGGGGCUCCAGUCAAUACCCCCCAUCUCAUACCCCAGGGUCAGGAAGCCACUAUAUCAUCACCCUCUGGGCAGGUUCACCCGCCACCAGGAAGUGAAUUUUUCAGCUGCCAAAACUGUGAGGCUGUGGCUGGGUGCUCAUCGGGGCUGGACCCCUUAGCUCCUGGUGAUGAGGACAAGCCCUACAAGUGUCAGCUCUGCCGGUCUGCCUUCCGCUACAAGGGCAACCUGGCCAGUCACCGCACGGUGCACACAGGGGAAAAGCCCUACCACUGCUCCAUCUGCGGAGCCCGCUUUAACCGGCCGGCUAACCUGAAAACGCAUAGCCGCAUCCACUCGGGAGAGAAGCCCUAUAAGUGUGAGACGUGUGGUUCCCGCUUCGUGCAGGUAGCUCACCUGCGCGCGCACGUGCUGAUCCACACUGGGGAGAAACCCUAUCCUUGCCCCACCUGCGGGACUCGCUUCCGCCACCUACAGACCCUCAAAAGCCAUGUUCGAAUCCACACGGGGGAGAAGCCUUACCACUGUGAUCCUUGCGGCCUGCAUUUCCGACACAAGAGUCAACUACGGUUGCAUCUACGCCAGAAACACGGAGCUGCUACCAACACCAAAGUGCACUACCACAUUCUGGGGGGGCCCUAGCUGAGCGACAGCCCAGACCCAAGUCACUCUGGAAGCCAGGAAAGCUGCUCGCCCAUGCCUGGCUUCUCUAUAAGAUUUGGGCAUGGAGGUGUGCAGGGCCCCACCUUUCUUAGAAACUGCCACCACCUUCAUUUCUUACUGGGGAGAGCAGGGGUGGCAGAUCCCGACUUGAUCUGCCUCUGUUUUGCUGGUCAAAACCUCUUCCCCACAAUCAAAAUUAUUUCUGAAGAGAGAGCAAACUAGGAGCUGGGGGAGAGAGGAGAGGCUGGAGCCCUCAUCUCAUUUGGUUUAUCUGUAAAUAUAAUUUAUUGAGGCCUCUGGGUGGCACCAGGGCCUCCAUUCUUUUGCAUUUCCCACUUCCCUCUUCCACAGUGUGAUCAAAGUGACCUGAAACAGAGUGUGAGGUCACAGCUCUGCAGGCAGAGAUUAGCACUUAGCUGUCUCCUUUGGCUUAAGUGUUUAUUAUUAUCGCCAUUAACUUCUUUAGAAUUGUUCUUUCUCCUAUUUGUUUGCUUGUUGGUUUGUUUAUAAUGGAGAAAGGGGUUCUCUGUGUCCUGCCCCUCCAAUUCUAGGUCUGGAACCUUUAUUUGUUCUAGGGCAGCACUGGGAACGUGUGGGUUUGUGGAAUUGGGUCAGGAACCCUCUCUGUUAUUCUGGAUAUUAUAUGUUCUCUAGCAGGCUAGAACUGGAUAGACUUUUCUCCGUUCUUCAUGGGUUAUGAGAACCUUUAUGGUGCACCUGAAAUACAGAUGCCUCCUCGGGGCUGUGGGUGUGAAGACUUUGUCAGUCUUGGAACUGGAGAGAUGAUUGGAGAGGCUUUUUCUUAUACCCCUAACUGUCCCACUCAUCUGUUCAGCUAGGUUGGGCUCAGCUGUGCCUGUCAUGAUAGAGCCCACAACCCUCCCGCUAGGGCCUGUUCUUUGCACUGAGUUGAUCCCUCCAUGGGGAAAGAGAUCUGAAAUUCCUUAUUAGAGAUGAUGCUGGCUUUUCUGAUUCUGCCCAGUCUCUAAGAAUAUUAUGACCUAGGGGAAAAUUACAAAACUCCUUAUCUCUACUAAACCAGUUAGUUCUUUGCGGCAGAGGCAUCUGAGCUUGAAUGUUCCUUGGGGUUUUCUCUACCUGAGACAAACUCCUUCUUCCUUCAGUGGGUUUUUGGACAUGUUCUGGCAAAUGUCCAGAUUCCACUUCUUUGCCUCUAGAAGUCACAGGUGCUUGUUAACUUUCUUACUUUAGAAAAGCUGGGUCUGUGACCCGGUCUUCCCAUCACUGCAUUCCUGUCUAGAACCAGUGAAUGCAGUAGAACCUUCCACAGGGAAAGUAAAGGGGCUGAGUUCCAUUUUGGGUUUGCUAUAGUUUGGGAUUAUGAUUGGGAUUACUGUUGGGAUUAAAGGUUUAAGAGACUUAAAAGACUGAUCGACUGAUGGACCUUCUAGUGAACCAAAAUAUCCAAGUAGAAUUAAGAGGCUAGUCGAGGGGUGCCAUCUCUGGUGUAGCCAAGUAGGCAGAAUGUUAGGAAUGGAAUUGCCUCUUAACUGGUUGGAGGUCUGGAAUGUUAGAUGAUACUCUGAAGCCUUGAUUUAUAAUCCUUCCCCUUUUGCUCUGCAGCCUUUUUGGUUUGGGGCAUGGGGAAGAGGGUGAGAAGCACUUUGAAUCUGUGGGGAUCUUCCUCAAGAUAGAUCCAUACUAGUGGCUAUCAGUUGGGAACUGGUGAGAAAGCUACUUCUUCCACUGCAGACCUGCAGGAGAGAGGGGAAACAGAAGAGAGAUGUGAAAAGGAACCAUGAUUUUUUUUUUUUUUUAAGCAGACUGAAUGGGCAUGUGGAGAGUGCCUAGGGGUGGAGAUGUUAGAUCUUGCAAGAUUAGAAUCAUGGAAUAAAGAAGCCUCU